UUUGCGGUGAGUGUGAUUAAAUACUAAAUGUACUGAUUUACUCAAAUAUAUAUAAGAAAUUGUUGUCUCUCGGCUAUAAUUUUUUUUCUUACAAAUUAACGAAACCUACAAAGAAAAAUGAGUUGCCCGUACAACGCUGAGCAAUUAGACCAGUUGAAAUCCUUUGUGGAAAUAUGUAAAACACAGCCGCAACUAUUACACCAUCCACAAUUGGCGUUUUUUAAGGAUUAUCUGAUAUCUCUUGGUGUAUCAUUGCCGACCGCUACUUUUGGUGCCAAAGAUUUUACGGCUGCUGGUGAUAAAAAAUCUAGCAAUGAAGAAAAAGUGGAAUCGUCAUCUGACGAGGAACAGGAGCCUGAAUCAGAUGUAGAAUUAGAUAUGGAAGGUGUCAUAGCUCCUGAUCAAACAGACGAAUCUCAAGACAUGGGUGAUCCAAACAAGGAGGUCACUGAAGAAGAAAGAGAUGAGUCAGAUGAAAAGCGCUCUGAAGCAAUGAGAGCAUUCUCGGAACAAAAAUACGACGAAGCUAUUAAUCUAUAUACUGCAGCCAUACAAUUAAAUCCACAGAGUGCAUUGUUGUUUGCUAAACGGGGACAGGUGUAUCUAAAACUAAACAAACCAAAUGCAUGUAUUAAAGACUGCACACAUGCCUUAGAGUUGAACUGUGACAGCGCAGCUGCCUACAAAUUCCGAGGGCGAGCAUAUAGGCUCUUGGGUAAAUUUGAAGAAUCUUCCCACGAUCUUUGUGAAUCCUUAAAGAUUGACUAUGAUGAUCAAACAAAUGAGUGGCUUAAUGAAGUUAAACCAAAUGCUGAAAAAUUACGUCAACACAAAUUAAGUGCCCAACGUAAAAAAGAGGAGAAAGAGCAUAGAGAGAAAUUACGCAGAGCCCGUAAAGCACAGGAAGCAAGAGCACGUGCUGCUCAGGCCCAAGCCAAUGCUGCAGCUGGUGCAACACCCGGGGAUUUCCCCGGCUUCCCUGGAGGCAUGCCUAAUGUCCCUGGUGGUAUGCCUGCUGGUGUAAAUCUGGAUGACUUCAAUGACAUGUUCCUUGAUCCAGAAAUUAUGGCAGCAUUCCAGGAUCCUGAAAUAUCUGCAGCAUUCAAAGAUGUUACAAGUAAUCCAGCAAAUUUCAUUAAAUAUCAGAACAAUCCUAAAAUUGCUGCUGUUAUAGCUAAAUUACAAGCGAAACUUGGUAGACGUUCUGGUGGACCUGCAGGCGGCUUUCCAGGUUUUGGUGGACCCAAACCUGGCGCUGGACCACGGUCGUCCGCCGAUGAUGACGUCGGACUUGAUUAAUAUUUCAUAGUCUUUAACUAACUAACAUUCUAAAUUUUGCUUAUAAAAUAUAUUCGAUCGUAUAUUUGUACUGUACCAAUUUAAAGAACGGGAAAAGUUUAACGCUAUUAAAUUUUUCUUCAUUUGUCACCUAAAAUUCUUCGUCAUUCUCGAGCCAACAUUACUUAAACAGUCAAAUAACGGGACCGUCAAAAGGUCGCUGGAUUUAAAAAACUUAUG